GCUGUUUAAGGCAGAAGGCAGACCCUUACCGAUAUACCACUCGGAACAGGCCUUUUCUACUGGAGUGUUUAAAGAAUGGGGGAGUUCAGGCAGUUUGAUCAAGACUUCUACCAGUCUGAAUAUUACAUUAAUGAUCAGGCCCAAGACGCAUGUGGCUAUGACCCAGCAUACACCAGUCCACAUUUCCAAGACGUAGAUUGUACUUCUCCUACAUCAGAUGCCUAUGCCCCAUUAACCGAUCCACCUUACUCUGAGCAGAUGUUUCAGCCUUCAGCUAUUCCUGGGGCUAAUGAGCACACUGACUCCUUUGAGGAAGAACCUCCACUGUUAGAGGAGUUGGGCAUUAACUUUGAUCACAUCUGGCAGAAGACUCUGACUGUGCUGAACCCGAUGAAGCCAGCAGAUGGCAGCAUAAUGAAUGAGACAGACUUAACUGGUCCUGUCGUUUUCUGUAUUGCUUUAGGAGCCACCCUUUUGAUGGCAGGAAAAGUACAUUUUGGUUAUGUGUAUGGUAUCAGUGCCCUCAGUUGUGCAGGAAUGUACAUUCUGCUGAAUUUAAUGAGUGUAUACACAAUAUCCUAUGGAUGUGUGGCUAGUGUAUUAGGAUACUGCCUGCUGCCCAUGGUGGCUCUCUCUGCCUUUGCUAUUUUUUAUUCCUUACAAGGGGUUUUGGGCACACUGCUGGCCUUGUUUGUGAUUGGCUGGUGCAGUCUAUCAGCUUCUAAAAUCUUUACUUCUACUCUGGAUAUGGGUGGACAGCAGCUGCUGGUGGCGUAUCCAUGCACACUGCUUUAUGGAGUUUUUGCCCUUCUCACUAUCUUUUGAUUAUCCAAAUAAAACGUUUUGACACAUCUGAAACCCAGUUUAAAAUGGCUCACGAACUAAGUUUCUUGAAUUGUGUUUGGAAAAAAAAAACAAGUGGGGAUUCAUCAUAAUUUUUUAAAAAUUUGGUAAAAAGAAUGAUGUUAUACAUCUACAGUAUAACAUA